AUGGCUGCAACAGCUACAGCAGACAGCUCUUCCGAAUCGAGCCGGCCACCUACUCCAAUGCCUGAGAACUCGCCCCCUGCCACGCCGCUCGAGGGUCCUUCCAAGGGAAGACGACGUCAACGAUUGCUACGAGGCAUUCAGCGCAUCUCCUCGUCUCCGUCGUUGGCUCAAAUAGGUCGCACACGCUCCUCGAGUGCGCCCUAUGGUACUCGGGGCAGCUUGUCCUGCGUGAGCCUCGCAGCAGCGCCGACCUUUGCCCAAUAUCACCCGGGCAAUGUCACCCCAGGCUACUUCCCAAACGCGCAGUCUUCAUUUCCAAGCAGCCCGACCGUCGAGUUUCCCAGCUUCGAAGGCAUCGAAACCCGCUUAGCACCACGCAAGGUUGCAAAUGCCUCCACGACAUGCCUUACUCCUAACACGGCUUGCCUGCCUGCCGAUGUCGUAACCACUCGAUCCAGAUCGGGCACCGCUCAAAAGCCUCCAUAUGACUUUUGGAAGAACAUGCCAGACGAGAUUCGAAUCCAUGUCUUCUCCUACCUCCACCCAAAAGAGCUCAUUCGUGUCUCGCGCGUGAGCAAGGACUUUCACAAGUUCUGCUUCGACGGUCAGCUAUGGACGCGGUUCGACGCUACCGAUUUCUAUACCGAGAUACCGGCGGAAUCUCUAGCCAAGAUAAUCGUGUCUGCGGGCCCUUUUAUCAAGGACCUGAACAUCCGGGGUUGUCUCCAGAUCGAGCACUAUCAGCGGGCCGAGGUCGUCGUGAAGGCUUGCAAAAACCUCAUGAAUGCCACUCUAGAAGGUUGUCGGAACUUCCAACGGUCCACUCUGCACAACCUUAUUCGGACCAACGACAAGCUUGCCAAUUUGAAUCUCACUAGCAUGACAGCAGUGACGAACAGCACAUGCAAGAUCAUCUCGCAACAUUGUCCACAGCUGGAGUCCCUCAAUGUGUCCUGGUGCAAGCACAUGGACGCUCGCGGCAUCAAGAUGGUGGUCCGCGCUUGUCCGAAACUGAGGGAUCUUAGGGCCGGAGAAGUUAGGGGCUUCGACAACCUCGACGUUGCCCAGGCUAUCUUUGAGACCAACAACCUGGAGCGCCUGGUUUUGUGUGGUUGUGUCGAAGUCACCGAUGAAUCGUUUUCUACCAUGAUCCACGGGAAGAACCCCGAGGUGGACAUCUUGACCGAUCGGCCGAUAGUCUCGUCCAGGAGACUGAAGCAUCUUGACCUGAGUCGCUGCUCGCAGUUGACUAACGAAGGAGUCAAGAUAAUGGCCCACCUUGUCCCUGAACUUCAAGGCUUGCAGCUGAGUGGCUGCUCGUCUUUGACCGACUCUGCCCUUGAACCUAUCUUGGCCUCAACUCCGCGCCUUACUCACUUAGAGUUGGAGGAUCUAUCGGAGCUCACCAACGAUAUUCUAUCCGAGCACCUCGCCAAAGCCCCUUGUGCACCCAAGUUGGAGCAUCUCUCGGUAAGUUACUGCGAAAACCUCAGUGAUACGGGUAUGCUGCCUGUUAUCAAGAAAUGCACCAGUCUCAAGAGCGUGGACAUGGACAACACUAGGAUCGGUGACCUUGUUUUGGCUGAAGCCGCUGCUAUGGUUCGAUCUCGCGCGGCCAGGACAUCGACUCGCGGCUGCCGUCUUCGCGUGGGGUUGAAGCUAGUAGUGUACGAUUGCCAGAUGGUUACCUGGACCGGUAUACGCGAAGUCUUGUCGUGGAAUGCUGAGAUCCGGCAGCCAUCUGGCGGUCACCCAUCAUUUCCUACGGAAGUCAUUGGACUUAAGUGUUUCUAUGGAUGGCAGCAGACGGUGGAGCAACACACGCAGCGUGUUUUGAGAGGCGAUUUUGCUGCGGCAGGGAGACUGGAGAGGAAGUGGGCCGAUUAUAUGCAGGCGAUUGAGGAGGCAGGUGCAGCUGGUGCAGGUCGGAGCCGGCGAAGGCGAAGGGCUCGGGAGGCUCAGAUGCUUCACGCAGACGAGGAAGAAGGGGCCGCUGGCGCUCCUGGUCGUCGACGCGCGCGGACUAUGGCGGCUGCUUGCGCUGUAAUGUGA